AUGUCUCGUGGAGGAGGGUAUCAUAAGCUCAAGGGCCUCUCAAACUCGGUCAUCACACACAAAUUUCGAGGGAGACAGCGCCAAUCGCGUAUUCUGACAGCUGGCCGGCAGCUUCAAUGCAGGGAAGUUACAGAUGCAAGCCGUCAGGCUCAAAUUCAAGUUUUUAUCGCCUGUAACUCUAACCCCCACGUCCCACUCAUGUCAGAGAUGUCCAAUGAGGAUCGCCAUAUGGUGGAGGAUAUGAUGGCUGACUGCGGCAUGGAUAUUGAGACCCUGCCGCUCACGGCACCUCCUGGAGACGAAGGGAUGGAAUUCAGUCAUGCAGGUGGAGAUCGCUAUGUUGACCUCCGCACUCGACAGGACCGCACAGAAAAUCAAACCGAUCAAUGGGACCUUCAGCUAGACCAGCUUGUCGAUGCUUACCUCGACUACCGUUCUCGCGACUCUGGUGAUGGGAUGCCGACAUUCAAAGAUCCGGAACCACCUUUAUGCGAUUCUCCUAGUGUUUCAUUGACUAACAUUGAACUUGUUGAUAUAUUUACACGAAGCCACAGUUCACCUCAAUCACGGCUCUCACACAAAUACCCCAAUGAGACAUUGAUCUAUCAUGGCUACAUCGGGUGCUCACCAAUUUAUCCAACAGUUGCCAUAUCACUGCGCACUCUUGCAGCCUACCGUCAAAUACAUCGAACUUGCCCUCGGUUCAGUGUCCAAGCCCAAGUCAAGAGUCUCUGUUUCCUGCAUGACUCUCCCUAUCGACCAUACCUUUGCGUGCAAUUUUCAGCCGCUUACAAUAUUUAUCUGGAAAUCAUCCACCGUGUGAAUCAGCGCCUUCGCAAGGCGCUGAAACAUGACACACCGCAUUGGCGCAUGCUUAACGCAUGCCCAGCAUGCUUCUACGUGCUGGAGGACGAGCCUGCUCUAGAAUUCGAUUGGCUGGUGUCUAUAGAUGGCAACAAUAGUCUGAAACGGUGGGACUCCGCGAUCUACGGCUCAACCAGGCGUACAGAUUCUCGUAAGGCACGGUCGGACUACUGGCUUGACACUUGUGAUGUAGACAGGUUCAAAGAUGAAGUCAGAACACGACAGAGGGAUUCGGACGAUGACAACUGGACAGAUGAAACCACCGCAAACGAAGGUGCUGGGACAUUCACGGCUAAAUAUCCGCUUGCUAUUAUUGAGAAGCUCCUCGCAGUGUAUGGGAAGAAUGGCGGCUGUGCCUACGACAUCGGAUGCGCCUUUUCGAAGACUUUAACUAACAGUUCCCUGGGAACGCAAGCACGCGAGUUAGAUUUUCGGCUCAUGGUAGGCGCCUUUCACGGACACGCCCAUAACCGCAAAUGCCAGCUAGACUGGCAUCCCAUGACCAUUCUGGGAAUCGGACACACUGAGGGCGAAGGUUGUGAACAUGUAUUCUCGUCAUCAAAUGAGCUUGCUCGCAGUACAAGACAUGCGACCCCAUUCCACCGGCGCCAGACAAUCGAGGAGCACUUCUCGUUCUGGGACGCUGACAAAUAUGCCGCGCUCAGCACGUUUCUUUGGAAUCAUUAUCGAGAGGGAUUAAAAUCGAUUCAGACGCUCACCGCCGAGCUCACAGCCAUCAAGGCCGAGUUAUUUCUUACUGAUGAAGAUUUCCCGCGAUUUCUUGAUGAAGAACGUAAUUACCUUGACAGAUUGAAGCUGCCACCAAUUCGGGAUCAACUCUGCAUACGCUACGUUGAGGUUUUGGACGAACUUGCCGAACGGCGUGCUGAUUGGGAUGUAGCUUGCGAAGUUGGCAACAACGCCCUUACUAAUAUCCCCACUGGAGGCUUAACGCAGAUCAACAGUGCCCUCGCACAAGCUCGUAUUCGAGUUGACUCUUCAUACAUUAAGCUACAGAACGCCGAGGGACUUGUCGCGCAUAUAGAGGCUCAGUUGGCCGUGGACCAGCGGUGGGAGAUUGGUGGACUGGAGUACCAACGUUUCAAGGAAGAAGCGAGCAUGGGCAAGUAUCGCACCGCCUUAGAUGAGCUAGAGCGCCUCGUUGUGAUGAGGCUGUUCGAGCUCUCGAAACUGUCAUUAUCAGGAACCGGGUACAAGCUACGGCAGCAGAUUGGCAAAGCUCUACAACGUCGUUCAGAAGCUAUUCGCAAUGCCAUUAUUCGCUACAACACUCAAGCCGCCGGACUCAACCCACCGCGUCCGAAUAUUUCUUGGAAAGAUAUUGCUGAUUAUGGCUUUCUAGGCGAAUUUGAUCUUCUGCGUCAUUCUCGCGAUGACAUUCGAAGCAGUGAUUGGUCGAAGCCGGCUCGCGAAGAAAUCACUCGUUUAAACGUUGAAGUUCGGCGCCUGCGCACCGCCAUCCAUGAUGAAGAGCUUGGGGUGUCUGACGUCAUGCAGGAACUUCUCGUUUCAGACCCUCACCUGGCCUGCGAGCUACAGCGCCAAUAUCGUUCGCGCCUGGCUAUCAAUGCAGUGCAUUGUUACUGGUUGAGUCGCAUUGAGAAACUCGCAGGUUUUUCGGGAGCCAAAGGUGUUGGCGUCCGCCUUCAGCGCGCUGGUGAAUCUACUCGUGAUGCUGAUCAAGUUGGCCAUCGUGGACAACCGCUGGGGAAUAUUGCGAGUUUCCAGGUCAAUUCUGAAUCCCUCGAGAACACUGACCUUGACGCCAUUGAUCAAGAAGAACAAGAUGCAUUGACGGAAGAGAUGGCUGAUUAUUUACAAUCGAUUGUUGACUGA